UCCGAGGUUUGUCAUUAGAAUGUGAGAAGAGCCACACAGAUAUUGCACAGACUGUUCAAAGGAGUUUGAUUUACUUUGAGAGCUACUGCUCCAUUUUAGUGUGGCAGAAAAAUGAGAUUUCAACAAUUAUUUUUUGUAUUUUUAAUUGUUAUGAUGAGUCUUCUUCUUAUCAAUGGACAGAGACCAGCUAAUUUGGCAAUGAGAAGAAAACUACACAGACUCAGCUGCCAUCAGAGGAGAUGUAUGCCUCUCCAUUCACGAGUGCCCUUCCCCUGAGAUCUUCUUUUACUGACUUCACCUGGUCUGCCAGAAGAAGAGGAUUGAAGGAAAAAUACCCACCCACACAAUCGUGUGCUUGCUUGUUCCUAUAUGAAAAGGAAUCCUUUGAAAGGACCUGGGAUGUCUUAUUAGUUUCACAAGAUUCUCUUCUUCUGUUUUCUUUUUAGAGGGAAAAUAACAUGAAUUGAAAAGCAAUUACAGUCUGAAGCACAGUUAUUACCUGCAUAAAAAAAAUCUCUCAUCUUUUCUGCACAUUAUAAUUCUUACAUGGGUUAGCAAGAAAAAUACUUUGUAAUGUCUUUGGACUUUUGAAUAGUAAAAAGUGCAAGAAUAUAAAAUUUGGCUUUCAUAGUCCUAUAAUCCUCAAAAAUAUUAAAAUAAUAUUGUAUAUGUUUGAACGAUUAUUUUUAAAAAUGCUAAAUCUGGAAUCAAUUUCAAAGACUAUUUGGCUUUGCAGAAGAGAAAAUAAUUGGUUCAUCGGUUACUUAUAUAAAAAGACUAAAAGAAGCUAUUAACUGCUACCAGUUUUAUAUUAUAGGCUUUAAUGUUUAUGAAAGAAUUUUUAUUUUGAAUAAUAUUCACUUAAAGUUGUAAUAGGACGUUUGAAAUACUGAUUGUAGCUCAUUUUAUUUUAAAACUGAAAUGUUCAUUUCUGAAUCUUUUUCUCACCAUGUAAUUACAAGAAGCCGGUGUUUGAUUUCCUUUGAAGUUCUGUUUAUUGUCCUUGAUUCACUUGUAUACCAGUAGUUUCUUAAAAGGCUCACUUAAAGUUGACAUUUAAAAUAUAGUUAUGCCAAUGAAGUCCCAGCUGGACAAUAUCUAACAUGAGUGCUCAUCAUUCUGCUAGGCUCUGUUGUGGUGCUGUUCAACCUGUGGUGGUGAGACUUGUUAAAAAAAAAAAAAAAUCAGAGGAAUUUAGGAAUAUGAAUGAUUACCCAACAAGGACAUUACCCUGUCUAAUUCUGAAUUGUAUGGAUAAUUAGAUGUUCCCAAAUUAUUGAAUAUGCUCUUAAUUUGUAUUUAUUGAAAGACUGUUAACUCAGUGUCAUAAAAUUUCUAUUAUUUUGCUAUAAGUUAAUUCAGGUAUAAAAUUUACAAAUUCAUAUCAUGAUUAAAAUUUUUACUUUGUACAAAAGUAGGAGGAGCCAUAAACUAUUAACUUUUAUUUUGCAAAAAUAAAAGGUUGGGAUUGAUAAAUAAAGAACCUGAUAUAGAAAUUCUGA